AUGGCGGCGCGGCGAUUGCAAGAAGCUUUUGAGGCCUUCGAUCAGUCAGGCGAUGGGAUCCUCUCUGACUUAGAGAUGCGAAAGCUGUUGAAAGCGCUGGGCUUCAGAGAAGAGGAUGCUGGACGCUUGGUCCAGGCGGCUGAUGGGAAUCAAGAUGGCAAGAUCCAGGUCCAUGAGUUUUUGGCUUGGAUUGCCAAGCAGGAGCCCCUUUUCGCAGAGACCGUCCACGACGGCGCUGGCAGCAUCGAUGUGACAUUGACCAAUACCAGUGACCGAACAAGGCAAAUCUUUACACUGACCUUCAGCGACCGAGAACAUGUUGCAUGUCCCGAAGGGAAUCCCGUGAGCUUGGUGUUGAAUCCCGGUGAGACCUUGACGAAGACGGUGCUCCUGGUGCAGGGCGAACCGUUUACCUAUUCCUGGCGAAUGGCCUGCCGCUCGGAGUUCACUUCCUUCCAGGACGAUCCAGAGGCCUUCGUGGAUCCGGAGUUCCCCCAUGAUGAGACCAGCAUUGGACAUUGUGGAGAUGCUCGUCGGGACCUGGGCCACCCGGAGCGCUGGGUGCGGGGACGCAUGCUGGGCGAUCCUCGGGAGGCAGCGUUGUUCGAGACCUUGCGCCCGGAGAACGUGGCUCAGGGGAAACUGGGCGACUGCUGGUUACUCACUGCUUUGAGCUCACUGGCGGCACAUCCUGCGAAGCUGAAGAGCUUGUUUGACACCAAGCACUUGACUGCGGAUGGAAAGUAUGGCAUUUGGCUCUUUGACCUCAGCACGAAGACGUGGGCGAAAGUGGUGGUGGACGAGUUCAUCCCCUGCGACGUGCUCUUCGGCGAGCCUCGGCCCACCUUCGCGCAAGCCACCGGUGAAGAGCUUUGGGUGUUGCUGCUGGAGAAGGCGAUGGCCAAGUGGUGUGGCUCCUAUGGCGCACUGGACGGGGGUCAGGACACUUGGGCCUUCAUGGUCUUGACGGGGCAGUCGGAGGUGGAAUGCCUCAGGAAGAGGAAGGAGGGCGGCUGGAACAAGUGUCGCUCGGAUCCAUCAACGAUCCAUGCACACAGCCCGCAUGGCAUGCGCUGGAGAUGGACCAGCGGCUACCCCUUCGAUGAGGACAAACUUUUUCGCAUUCUCAAGGACCGGCUAAUUGACAAGCAUGUUCUAUCCUGCCGUAUCUAUGCUCACGACAAGUCGGUCGAGGCAAAGUUACCGAAUGGCUUGGUUUGCAACCACGCCUAUGCUUUGCUUCAAGUGCUUGAGGAGACCUUGGACAAUGGAGACCCCGUGAAGUUGGUGCAAUGUCGGAACCCUUGGGGCACAGGUGAGUGGAAGGGCGACUGGGCCGAUUUCGACCAUGUGAAGAAAGGCGUUGCUUCGCGGAGGUGGCAAGAGAAUCCGCGGCUGCAGCAGCGACUCGAGGUCGGCCGAAAGAACAAUGGCAGCUUCUUCAUGUCCUUCGAGGAGUUCAGUGGAAGCUUCAACCGGAUCUACGUGUGUCCCUGUGGCGACCGGCCCAUAGAGGCCGAAGAGCUGGCGGAGGAGUUCGUGAGCUGCGUGCUGCGCUUCAUGACCGGGGAGUCUUUAGUCACCUCCUCGAUGUCGAUGCACAGCAGCUUUGAGACUGACCUCGCCGCCGCGCGGGCGGAGCGACAGAGAGAGAAUAACGCAACGGGCGCGGCGCUGGCGGACGAGAUGGCUAAGUGGACCGAUGAGGAGAUCUCCCAGUGCUGGGCAUCGACGCAAGGCGUGAUCCGUGCGCUGUCGACCACUACUGGGUGUGCCUCCGCGGUCUUUCAGGUCCUCGACGAGGAUUCGGAUGGCGCCAUCGACCGAGAAGAAUUCCGGAAAGGAUUGAGGCAGCUCCUUGCAGGGAACAACCUGCUGCGGAACAUGCACGUGUGGGAGCCCUUGCUCUGGAAGCUCGUGGAUGAGGACUCCAGUGGUGUGGUCUCCCCGCAUGAGAUGAACUUGGCCUUCUCGGUGCGA